AGUAUUUCUCAAACUCUGAGGCUUACAGAAGUCAAAAAUUGAGAUCCAGUAUUAUUUUCAGUAAUGUAUGCAAUCUUCUGUAAUGGAAGAUGAUCGAAGACCAGGGCCCUCGUGUUGCUGACUACUUCGUUGUAGCAGGAUUGACUGAUGUUUCAAAGCCUCUUGAAGAAGAAAUUCAUUUCAAUGAUGCUUGCCAUAAAGUAGCUAAACCAAAAGAACCUAUCACAGAUGUUUCCGUUAUUAUUAAAUCUCUUGGGGAGGAAGUGCCGUGUGAUUAUAUGUGUAUCGAUGUUACUCCAACUGGAUUGUCAGCUGAUCUCAAUAAUGGCAGUCUGGUGGGGCCACAGAUUUAUCUUUGCUAUAGAAGAGGAAGAGAUAAGCCUCCACUCACAGAUCUGGGGGUUUUAUAUGACUGGAAAGAAAGAUUGAAGCCAGGCUGUGAAGUUAUUCAGAGUACUCCUUAUGGACGCCCUGCAAAUAUUAGCGGCAAUACUUCGUCACAAAGGAUUUACAUCACUUACCGCAGAGCCUCUGAAAACGUGACUCCGAAUACGCUGGCUGUCACCGACAUAUGUAUUAUUAUACCCAGUAAAGGAGAAAGUCCACCACACACAUUCUGCAAAGUCGACAAAAAUCUCAGUAACAGUAUGUGGGGAUCAGCGGUGUACUUAUGCUAUAAAAAAUCAGUGGCAAAGACUAACACUAUAUCUUAUAAAGCUGGAUUAAUUUGCAGAUAUCCUCAAGAAGAUUAUGAGUCAUUCUCACUACCAGAAUCUGUACCACUCUUUUGUUUACCAAUGGGUGCAACUAUUGAAUGCUGGCCACCCAAUAGCAAAUACCCUCUCCCUGUGUUUUCUACCUUUGUUUUGACUGGAGCUUCAGCUGAAAAGGUCUAUGGUGCUGCUAUUCAGUUUUAUGAACCAUAUUCUGAGGAGAAUCUUUCAGAAAAACAGAGACGAUUUUUGGGAUUAACACCAUCAGUAGAUGGAAAGUCUGAUACUUCCAAAACAAUUUACACUAACAAAUGCAUUUGUCUUCUUUCUCACUGGCCGUUUUUUGAUGCAUUCAGGAAGUUUCUGACUUUUCUGUAUCGAUACUCCAUCUCUGGACCACAUGUCCUUCCAAUUGAAAAGCACAUUUCUCAUUUUAUGCACAAAGUUCCUUUUCCAUCUCCUCAGAGACCACGGAUUUUAGUUCAGUUAUCACCACAUGAUAAUCUGAUUCUCAGUCAGCCUGUUUCUUCACCUCUUCCACUAAGUGGUGGCAAGUUUUCAACACUACUUCAGAAUUUAGGCCCGGAAAAUGCUGUAACAUUACUGGUGUUUGCUGUAACAGAACAUAAAAUUCUCAUCCAUUCCUUACGGCCUUCCGUGCUUACUAGUGUGACAGAAGCAUUAGUGUCGAUGAUUUUCCCUUUUCACUGGCCGUGCCCAUAUGUCCCUCUCUGCCCACUGGCCCUGGCAGACGUCUUGAGUGCACCAUGUCCAUUCAUCGUAGGGAUUGAUUCAAGAUACUUUGAUCUCUAUGAUCCUCCACCAGAUGUGAGUUGUGUUGACCUAGAUACCAACACCAUUUCUCAAACUGGAGAUAAGAAAAAUGUAGCCUGGAAAAUACUUCCAAAGAAGCCAUGUAAAAAUCUCAUGAACACACUGAAUAAUUUGCACCAGCAAUUGGCAAAAUUGCAGCAGAGACCAAGAGAUGAUGGACUAAUGGACUUAUCAAUGAAUGACUAUGAUUUUAAUUCCGGAAAGAGAUUACAUAUGAUAGAUUUGGAAAUCCAAGAGGCAUUUUUGUGUUUUAUGGCCUCUAUUUUAAAAGGUUAUAGAUCAUACUUAAGGCCAAUAACACAAGCCCCAUCUGAGACAGCCACAGAUGCAACCUCUCUUUUUGCCCUACAAGCUUUCUUAAGAAGCCGAGAUCGGUCACAUCAAAAAUUCUAUAACCUGAUGACCAAAACACAAAUGUUUAUUCGUUUCAUUGAAGAAUGUUCUUUUGUUAGUGAUAAAGAUGCAAGCUUGGCAUUUUUUGAUGAUUGUGUAGAUAAAGUAGAUAUGGACAAGAGUGGUGAUGUGCGACUUAUAGAACUGGAUGAAUCUUUCAGAAGUGAACAUACUGUUUUUGUAACACCACCUGAGAUCCCUCAUCUACCCAAUGGUGAAGAACCCCCUUUACAGUACAGCUAUAAUGGAUUUCCAGUUCUUAGGAACAAUUUAUUUGAGAGACCUGAAGGAUUUCUACAAACGAAAAAGAAAAAAUUUCCCUCAAAAUUAAGUAGUCCUAGCAGUCCUUCUCCCAUGUUCAGAAGAACAAAGCAGGAAAUUAAGUCAGCCCAUAAAAUUGCAAAGAGGUAUUCUUCUAUCCCUCAGAUGUGGUCUAGGUGUCUGCUGCGACACUGUUACGGACUGUGGUUUAUUUGUCUCCCAGCUUAUGUGAAAGUAUGCCAUUCAAAAGUCAGGGCUCUAACCACAGCAUAUGAUGUACUUAAAAAAAUGCACUCAAAAAAGAUGGAUCCACCUGAUGAGGUGUGUUAUCGUAUUCUCAUGCAACUCUGUGGACAAUAUGAUCAGCCAGUGCUUGCAGUUCGAGUGCUUUUUGAAAUGCAGAAAGCUGGUAUUGACCCCAAUGCCAUUACUUAUGGUUAUUAUAACAAGGCUGUAUUGGAAAGCACCUGGCCUUCAAGAAGUCAUAGUGGCUGUGUACUUUGGACAAGAGUAAGGAACGUUGUUUUGGGAGUAGCACAGUUCAAGAGAGCUUUAAAGAAGCAUGUGCACUUAUCACGAACAACUCUCUCAGCAGAUGGCAGUGACUUGGAUGCUGUUAGUCAUGGCAGCAUGGAUAGUGGUCAUGGGACACACACUGUGGAGCAGGCACCUUUUAACACAAGCUUAAUCAGAGUACAUGCUGCUGAUGAUAGAUCCAGUACAGGUGGUCAGUCUGAUCUUGGCUAUAAUUCAUUGUCUAAAGAUGAAGUUAGAAGAGGGGAUACAUCUAGUGAGGACAUUCGAGAAGAAAAAGAAGAUAGGAAAGGAAGUGAUGGUAGUUCCUUGUCAGAAAAUGAAAGUACAAAAGGAAGUGUUGAUUGCCUUCCAAAGCUCAAUUACCAGAGCUCUUCCAGUAUAGUCCGUCUCAGUGGUACAAGUAACAGCCGUGCUGAUGAAAUAGCGAGAGAAAGCACAGAAAGUACACCCAAGCUUCUAUUAAUAUCAUCUUUUGAAGAUACAAAUGAAACAGGGACCAUUCAAAGUAGCUGCUUCAGGAAAAGACAUAAAAGUGACAAUGAGCCUAAUUUUGAGCAGCAAAUGGCCUGGGGAAACCGAACCCGUAAUCUUAGUGGAGGAGUACUAAUGGGACUUAUGCUUCACAGAAUUAACCAGGAAGCAAACCCCGGAGACAUCGUUGAGAAAUUAGGAGCUGAUGCAAAAAUUCUUUCAAAUGUUGUCUCGAAAGACACAAGACCAAAUAGUCUUGAUAUUGGGAAGCCACCCCUACGAUCAAAACGAGAGAGUCUAGAAAAGGAGUCUAGUGACGACGAUACACCUUUUGAUAGUUCUAACUGCUUGGCAGAUAAAGUGGAGUCGCCUGUUAUUUUUGACUUAGAAGACUUAGACAGUGAAACAGAUAGAUCAAAAGCAAGAUCUGCUGCCAUACAACAUCCCAAAAUCAUUCGCCGUAUGAACAGCAGCUUCUCAGUAAAAUCUUUUGAAAAAACUGAUGUUGCAACAGGCUUCGAUCCCCUAUCUCUUUUGGCAGCAGAAACUAAACAGCAGCAAAAAGAAGAGGAGGAGGAGGAGGAGCAGGAGGAGGGGGAGGAAGAUGAUAGCAAAUGCAUUUCAACACCAACUACUAGGCGUGAUUUAGCUGAAGAAAUUGUCAUGUAUAUGAAUAACAUGAGCAGUCCUUUGACAAGUCGUACACCAAGCAUUGAUUUACAGCAUGCAUGUGACGACAAACUAGCCAGUAAGAAAAGCCCAACUGUGGUCAAAGCCUGUAGAAGAUCCAGUCUUCCCCCCAGUUCUCCACGGCCAGCGAGGCUUCCCAAAUCGAAGAGUUAUACGAAGAGUGACAGGCCAAGGGACAGACUCUGGUCUUCUCCAGCCUUCUCACCCUCUUGCCCAUUGAGGGAAGGGUCUCGAGAGACGCUAACCCACUCCGCACCUUCAUUUAAUCUAGAUGCAUUACUUGUACCUAAACUAGAUGUUCUAAGGAAUAGUAUGUUCACUGCUGGAAAAGGCGUGGCGGAGAAAGCAAGCAAAUGGUAUUCAAGAUUUGCCAUGUAUACCACAUCAUCUAAGGAGCAAAGUUCUGAUCGUACCAGUCUUUCUUCAGUGGGAGCCCAGGAUUCUGAAUCUACCUCUUCAGUAGAUGAAGAUGUCUGCCCUCAGUUGGAAGGAGCUGCUUCCUCUCAAGAGAGCAGUGCCACUUCAAGAACGAGGGGGACGGGCCUCAGCCAGACCAGCCUGGACAGCGCUGCCUCCUUAGAAGAAUCCCUGUCAAAGUUUGCCUUGCCUGGGAAAUCAGAAGUGGCAUCUUCCUGCAACACAAGUAAUACAAAUAUCUUCCAGAACUAUGCAAUGGAGGUUCUCAUCUCCAGCUGCUCUCGCUGUCGGACGUGUGACUGCCUCGUCCACGAUGAGGAGAUCAUGGCCGGCUGGACCGCGGAGGAGUCGAAUCUCAACACUACCUGCCCCUUCUGUGGCAGUCUUUUCCUGCCCUUUCUGAAUGUUGAAAUAAGAGAUUUGCGACGACCUGGAAGGUACUUUUUGAAGUCAAGUCCAUCCUCAGAAAAUCUGUAUUUUCCAUCUUCCUCUUCAAAUCCGACCAACCAGUCUUGCAUUUCAGCUUCAGCUUCUGGUCUGGAAACGUCUGUUAUCUCUAUCCAAGGGAACUUUGCUUUAAAUCGCAAAUAUAAACUGCCGGAAAAGUCAAGUGCUCGAAGUGUUCAGAUCCCUCCCGAUAGAUCAAAACCAGCCAUGUCAAAGUGUCCAGUAUUUCCGAUGGCCAGGAGUAUUAGUGCUUGUGGCCCCUUGGAUAAGGAAGACACUGGAGGAGAGCAGCUCGUUCCAACAGGCAGCCUGCCAGCCACUUUACACGGAGCUACGGAUACUUUAGGAUUAGAAUGGCACCUGCCAAGUCCAGAACCUAUUACUGUUCCAUACCUUAGUCCUUUAGUGGUCUGGAAGGAACUGGAAAGCUUAUUGGAAAAUGAAGGCGAUCAUGCAAUAACAGUGGCGGACUUUGUGGACCAUCAUCCAAUUGUUUUUUGGAAUCUGGUGUGGUAUUUUAGACGUCUUGACCUGCCCAGUAACUUACCUGGAUUAAUUCUUUCUUCUGAGCACUGCAACAAGUAUUCUAAGAUUCCUCGCCACUGUAUGUCUGAAGAUAGUAAAUACGUUUUAAUACAAAUGUUAUGGGACAAUAUGAAGUUGCAUCAAGAUCCAGGACAACCCUUGUACAUCCUCUGGAAUGCCCACAGUCAACAUCGCCCUCUUUUGUUUGAGACCCAAAAAUAUCCAGUGGUCCAUUUAUUGCAGAAAGGUAACCAAGGUAACUCAUUUAACCAAGAACUAUUGAAAAGUAUGGUAAAAAGCAUUAAAAGGAAUGAUGUCUAUGGACCAAUGAGUCAGAUUUUAGAGACACUGAAAAAAUGUCCACAUUUUAAAAGACAGAGGAGUUUAUACAGAGAAAUACUGUUUCUCUCACUUGUGGCCCUAGGAAGAGAAAACAUUGAUAUAGAUGCAUUUGAUAAAGAAUAUAAGAUGGCAUAUAAUCGUCUCACACCAAGUCAAGUCAAGAGUACACACAACUGUGAUCGACCACCAAGCACUGGUGUGAUGGAAUGUCGGAGAACCUUUGGAGAACCUUACCUUUAGAUAUGUGUGUCUGCAUGAGUGUGUGUGUGUGUGUGUGUGUGCGUUCAAUAUGUAUUGUACAGUCGGUAUAUAAAAAUAACACUUUUAGACUAAAAUUUUUUCCCUCAAGUUUUGAAAACACCUUUUGUCAGUGGUUCAGAAGACACAGACAGCUUUGUGCGUGUAGAGGGCGCGUGAAGAAGAGAAUGGGAAUGUGGAGAGAGCGCCUUUGUUUCCCAGUUCUUCUUUCUUUAGCCUUUAAUUCCCCUGUAAUAAGUAAUUAUUUUUAUUAUGAGAAAGCUCCCAUACAAAAUUAGUUGCCAUAAAGUAACCGAGCUGUUGUGUGGUUUCUCUUGGAAAGAGACAGAUUGAAAAAAUCAUGUAUGGAACCAAACCAGACAUAUAAGAUCAAAGUAGCCCAUUUUCCUAACUAGUCAAAUGUUUUCACCAUAAUGUUGUAUUAUACAUAUUUUAAAUUGUUUAUAGUAAGUUGAUAUUUUUUUAAUUUUUAAACUUAAUAUAGCAAGUAUAAAAAUAAGUACUUAUUUUCCUGGUCUGCUGUUAUUGGGAGUAAUUAGUCCAAAUGCAGAUCUCUGUAUAUACAAAUAUAUAUAUAUGUCAUUAUCUAUAAAUAUAUUUUUUCUUUUUUCUUAAUUUGGGAGAAUGACUAAAAGAAAAAUGCCAUUGCUAGUGUCAGCCCUGCCCUAGGCUUGCAUGUCAUUGUCCUCGGCUGACUCAGUAACGCAGAGCGUGCACACUGCCCAGACUGACUCAUUGAUCCUUACGAGAGGAGAGCCAGGGAGGUCCCGGGUCUGCAAACUCAGGUUCGAAAAACCAUGAUUCACAGUUUUCCUCUAUGGCUAAUAUAUACAUACAGUUCACAGGGCAAGUAGCUUCCAAAGCCAAAUAUCAACAAAUUUAAAUGCUCUACAUGUUUGGAAAUAUGUCAGACAAUUGACCCUACCCUAAAUUUCACCCUUAUUUUCAUAUCUAAAUGUUGGCUAUGAUACAAGUUGUUCUACAGAAUAUUUAUCCUGACUAUGACCUACUGAGGUAUUCUGUUAAUACUAUAUAUAAAUAUUCAAAAUAUUUUUUCAAAAGUAGGAAAAUAGUAUGCUCUAAAAGUACAGCCAGAUAGAAUUUCCCAUAUUGAGGAAUUUGGCUUUUUCAACAAGCCUUCAGAAUCUGAAGUUUGUGGAAUCUAAAAUCCAGAAGUAGCCAGGAAUUAGAAAAUAAAUUUAAUGUUUAAGCACCUUGAGUAUUAAAAAGACUAAAAAUGUGUUUUUAGUCCCAUUAUUUCUAAUGUCACUUUCUUUAGAUAAUUCUGACAGGAAGAAAUAUAUCUUUUGGCUGUUAGGAUGAUGGAUUUUUAUUAUGUGUACGUAUAUGUUUACACAUGUCUAGCCAGUUUUAAAGAAGAAAAAGAAUGAUCCCAAAUUAGGUGUGUAAAGCCAACAGAGUACAUGCCACUUGGACUGGGGGGUGUCCUGGGUCCUGAGACUAGAAUCAGUUGAGAUGCAGAAAAGUCAAGUUGUAGAGUUCACACCAAAUUGAAACAUUUCACAGCUUUCUACCCUGGGAAACAAUGGAGAAAGCUUAAAACACACAAAACUGUCAGCUCAGUUAGUUGGGAGCUGAAUUUGUUUACUUGAGAAAUCCGGUGCUAUGCACAUGUAUCUGCCUCCCCUCUGUAAAUAAAUACCCCUUCAGUCUUACCCUUCCAUACUCUGCUUCCAGGUUCACAUUCUAAUUGAGUCUUACCUUCGCAAACUUAACAGCAAAGCUCUCUGAUGACAGAAACAUUUGGUGGGUGAAGAAGCUUUUGGCAUUGGCAGUAAACAUCCUUCCAAACAGGACUCUUCCUUUGCCCCAUAAAAGCAGUUUUCACUGCUGAUUAUCUUUUCUGUACUGCGAAUGUUCUGUUGGAGUCAUAGAUUAUUGAUUCCAAAUAUCUGACCGAAGAAGAGUGAGUUUAAAGCCCAUUCUUUAUGGUUCAUUCUCAUUGGGAAAGUAGCGAAUGUGAUCUUUACCCCUGUGCUCCCUCCACCCCGAUUGUGUUUCUGCUUUUGAGCAACAUUAGGUUUUCCCUAUUUCCCCGAGAAUAUUAUUUGUAUAAAUUUUAUUUUUAAGAAUCAACCUUAAGACAUGGAUAUAAAAUGGAAACCCCUGCUCAGAAGAAAAUAUGAAUCAUCUUUUACAACAGCUCUAUAUGAACUUUUCUUCAAUUUUACUUGCUGACCAUACAUUUCGGAGAAUCAUGGCCAAUUGUGUUGGAGAGAUACGAUCUUUUACUAUCUCUUAUUUUCUUACUCUUAGUUUUGUUUAUAUGUAUUAAUUGUUGGAAAUAAACCAUGCUUUGUGCUAGUA